UCUCAUUCUGUGGUUCUCAGCGUGGUACCGUCUCAUCUGGACAUUCCGUGCCUUGCUGUGUGGGCGACUUUUUUUUUUUCUUUGAAUACCCGCAUUUUCUGUUCCCUCUUUAUUUCUUUUUUAAAAAAAGGAAAAAAAAUCUUUUUUUCAUUUUUUCCAGCUCCCUUCCCACCCUCCAAGUCACUUUCGUCACCUGUUAGGGAGACCGUCGCCUCAGGCCACCACCAGUCACCGGGCCACCACAACCUUUUUUUUCCCUUUCCUCUCUCGCUCCCCCUCUGCUUCCUUUCUCAAUUCUCGCUCAACCUCUAAGCUCUUCAAUAGCAUUAAUCUGGGCCUUUUCAGCUUCGUGCUGUAGGCGUUCAUUCUCCUACCUUGUCACGGGGGCAAAUCCUGUCACUCUCGUCCUCCGUGUACAAUUCUCAAUUAGCUACCGCACAUGACUCCACAAUCUGCUUCACCAGUACCUUCCGCAGUCUCCUCCGCCGCAGCGUCACAGAUUUCGUACGAUCCUCGAGAUGGAGAGCCCUCGGUAACACGCGCUCUUGCGGGCAUGAAUCUGUCCGCGGUGAACGGGGAUGUACUCCCCACGCCCCCUCCGCCGGCGAAAACUGCCAGACCAACCAUGGCAAAUCGCAUCUCUCGUAUGUUUUCCAACACAGGGAAGGCAACUUCGAAGGAGUCGGAUACCCAUCGUGAGCUUUCAGACAGCAGCACCGAUAGCGUGAAGCCGCCUAGCAAUGGCAGCGGAAGGCAGUCUAAGCCUACUUCUAGGCCUUCUUCCCGUGCUCCAUCCCGACAGACCUCUACUAAAGAAGAUAAUGAGAGAAAGCCCAAGUCCAACGGUGGAAAGGAGCAAAAGGAUCCAUCCACUGCAGCACACAAGCGGUUCGAAGUAUUGCCGGAUCAUGCCCACUGUCAUCACCUUAAAAGUACACGGCGGCAGGAGAAAUUAACAGACCUCCUCCGAGACAUGCUCGGUGGUGGCAGGAAGAAAGACGACCAUGCCGAUGACCAGCAGCUGUCACUUAUGUCAACAUGGAUUGACCAGUUCAAAAAUGAGCGAGAUAAGCUAGCUGCGGAUAAAAAGGGUGGCCCUAACGCCACAGCUUCCCUGGUUGACAAAUAUGGUAAAUGCCAGGAGAUUGUCGGGCGCGGCGCGUUCGGUAUCGUUCGGAUCUCUCACAAAGUCGAUCCCAAAGAUUCCAGGGUUGAACAGCUAUAUGCUGUUAAAGAGUUUCGUCGUCGUCCUCAGGAGACUACAAAGAAAUACCAGAAACGUUUGACUUCUGAGUUCUGUAUAUCCUCUUCCCUCCGCCACCCAAAUGUUAUCCACACCCUUGACCUCCUGCAGGAUGCUAAGGGAGACUACUGCGAAGUAAUGGAAUAUUGUGCUGGUGGCGAUCUCUACACCCUCGUGCUGGCUGCGGGGAAGCUGGAGGUUGCCGAAGCCGAUUGCUUCUUCAAGCAGCUCAUGCGUGGUGUAGAGUACAUGCACGAAAUGGGUGUGGCUCAUCGUGAUCUUAAGCCGGAAAAUUUACUAUUAACUACUCAUGGUGCGCUUAAAAUAACUGAUUUCGGAAACGGGGAGUGUUUCCGCAUGGCUUGGGAAAAAGAAGCACAUAUGACAGCAGGACUCUGCGGCUCUGCCCCUUACAUAGCUCCUGAAGAAUAUAUCGAGAAGGAAUUUGAUCCAAGGGCAGUCGAUCUGUGGGCUACAGGUGUUAUCUACAUGGCGAUGAGAACAGGUCGUCACCUAUGGAGGGUAGCUCGCAAGGAUGAAGAUGAAUUCUACCAACGAUACUUGGAGGGCCGCAAGCAUGAAGAUGGCUACGCUCCUAUCGAGACCUUGCAUCGGGCUCGUUGUCGGAAUGUGAUCUACUCCAUCCUUGAUCCAAACCCUUCUCGUCGCAUCAAUGCCUCGCAGGUCCUCAAAUCCGAAUGGGUUCGCGAGAUUAAAUUGUGCAAGGCUGGCGAGGAGGGAUUCUGAUCUAGUCUGUGUGUCUUGCCCCUCGAGGCUCUUAUUUUCGCAGAUACUGUAUCCUAUGGGGGCAUGGCCUGGAUGUGUUCUUCUAAUACUAGUCCAGACUAUGUAUCCACCUAUGGUAGUCUG